AUGGCACCCAAAGGAAGAGACGAAGAAGUAGACGGCUUAGUAAUUGUCCUUUUUUGUUGUUUGAUUGCCUUCAUUAUUAUGCUUCCUUUUGCUCGUAUUAUUUGGUUAGAGGGACCAACUCCCGUGCCGGAAAUAGAAGUAGCUUCUAUGGAUUUCACGAUACAAGACAUUACACACACUCAUCUCAGUGCCACUUGGGAUUUAUUGACAAGGAUCCCCGAUACGCUUCCUGAUGCCUAUAUAUGUCUUCAAGGAGACCUUCAAGCUUCCUUGUUUUACAAGAAUGUUACCAUUGCUAUCUCCUCUAGACACAGGUACGAGAAUCUCAAGCUGAACUCGCCUCAACAACUUAGGGUUUCAGCUUCUAUCUAUGAAGAAGAUAUAGGAGGUUUGAUUGGAAAAAACAUUAUCAAAGCUAUCAAAGAGAAGAAGGAAGUGAAGUUCGGAUCACAGUUGUUUCUUACGGAUUGUAGAGAAAAGUCGACUGGAGUUAUGAGGUAUGCGUGCGGUGAAACCACCUUACGGUUCGAGCCGGGUUCUGAGACAAAGGCCACUUCGUUUGGGAACAAGAACAACCCUACCUGCGUAUAUUUUUGA